AUGACUCCAGAAGAUGAAGCGUCUACUCGGACCAAACUGUCGGUACACAAGGAAACGUUUUGGCUUCCCCCUGAGAUUUUGGUGAAGAUUUUCUCAUUUUGUAUAGCUGCUGAAGGAAUCAUUAAGUUUAUUCCAAGAGCAUCAAGAGUUUGUAAAGAAUGGCACCGAGCUACAAGAGAAGCUUCCCUCUUUGAAUACCUGGACCUGAGUAUAGAAGUCAUUAAUUUAAAAAAUGCCAAACUAGAUGGGAUACUCAGCUAUGAUUUGUCACUGUGCAAGAACCUGAACCUGGCUGGCCAAACAAAGCUCAGCUCUUCUGUCAUUGAAUCUCUACUCACCAACACCCCAGGUCUUGUCACUCUCAACCUGUUCAGCUGCGGCAAGGUGCAGCCAGAACUGGUCUCCAGGCUGCCACAGCUGUGUACCUCUCUCAGGAGGGUAGACAUCUCUAACCCCCUUGUUCACACAGGAGAACAAGGUGGACCAGGAUUCAGGAGUCUUCACAUUGAGAGCCUAAUCUCUGGCUGUGGAGCCAGACUGGUUGAAGUGAGGCUGGCAGGUGUCAUAGGUUUCUUUACUGUCAAGAAAUAUGCUUGUUCUUUUUUUAAAGCUCUUCAGGAUAAUUGCCCAAACCUUGAAGAGUUAGAUGUGCGAAUGAGUCCCAGGUUUUCAUUGAAACAGAUAGACUGCAAGGUUGACAUGCGUGGGUUUGUGGAAAGUUGUCCCAAAUUAAAAGAGCUUCGAAUCGAUGGGAUUAAUUUGAGCGAUGGGAAAGGGAAAGACCAGCCAUAUUCAGGUCCAAAACAUUUAAAAUUUUAUUCUCAAUCUUCUUUGACUACCAGUCCAUCAGAUAAAGCAGUGUUUUACUUAAUGUUUGCAUCUGUAACAAAGUUGAUAGAACUAGACAUCAGCAGCACUAAUCUCUUGCCAGGGGUCAUAACCAAGUGGGUCAAGGCUGUUGAUUGUUUGAAUCUUGCUGACAUGAAAUGGAAAGUUGCAGACAGCAACAAUUUAUAUGAGUGUCUUGAUUCUUGGAUCAUGUCUAUCAAAGUACUUGACCUUUCAAACAACAAACUGAAAUCAAAUGCCUUAGAUUCAGCACUUAACCUCUAUGCUGUUGUUGAUGAUCCCAACUUUCAAGGCUACCCACUUAAGCAUCUCAACAUUUCAAAAACAAACAUUACAGCCAAGACUGUCAAGCAAAUAAUAUCAGCCUGCAAAAAUUUGGAGGAAAUAGAUUUGACUUCAUGUCGAGAGCUUCCCCGAGGAUCGAAGCGCAUUUUCCACAAAAAAGAGUUCAACACUUUGUUGCGCUGCCUUUGUUUAAGUACCACUGAGCAGGGGUGUAGUGAUGAGGAGGAAUCAGAAGAGUACAUUUCUGACAACUGAAGCAUGCAGGUCUGAUAAAUGAUUGGGGUGUGGGUGUUGACUAUUGAAGGUUUUGCAUUAGAAAAAUGACCAGGAUCAUUGAAAGGUCUAAGUCUAAUCAUCUUUGAUGAUCCUUCCAUUAUUUUUUUACCUUCACAUCUCAGAAUCAUGUCAGUUUGGUUUAAAUAUUCAAAGAACAAAAACUAUACAAAAUAUAUGUAUAUAAACUGGGUUAUAAAUCAGGCAGCAUUUUUUUGUUGACAUUAUUCACACAUUGUAUGAAUUGAUGUUAAAGCUACUUCCUUUUUUAAUUUUAUGUUAACCAUUUUAUAGCUCUGAUUAGAAUGAAGUAGAAGUUUAUAGCUAACUUUUAAAAAUUAAUUCAAAAGGAAAAAUUGAUGAUUCAGGCUAUUAAUCUUGUUAUAUAAUAUAUGUAAUUAAUUAAAAAACAGUAUUAUCAUUUAGUGAAGUGAGAAAAAUUCUUUCUAAUUUUUAAAAAAAAAACCUUUGAUCACUGAAUAUAAAGGUUUUAUAGUUUCAUAAAUAUUGAAUUUAUUAAUUUAAAAUUUUUUAAACUAUGCAAUAUUUCAAAUUUUUAAGGAUCUUUCUUAUUAUACCACAUCAUUAUUAUAAAAAUUGUAAUGGUAUUAGUUUUCUAAUAUUUUGUAAUUUUUCUACUCUAAAUGUAAUGAGACUGCAAUAAAGUCAUGUUAAUCUUAAGUUUGUCUAAAUUCAUUUUCCAGUUGUGCAACCACAAUUUAAAAUUUUGAAGCCGUUUAGUUAUACAAAGUAAUUAAUAUGCUAGAUUUAAUUAAUUUUUGAUUAAUUAUUGUCUUUUAGUACAUGGUAGAGCUACCUAAUAAUUGUCUUAACACCCAAAAUCCAGACACUGCACUGAUAAUUUACAAUUUUAUUAAAACUUUUGAAAUCCAAACAAAUAGCAAGUUGUUUUUAUUUUUAAUAUUUAACAUUGUAAUUCGACAUUUAAAUGAAGUAGGCAAGUAAAAACUCAAAACAUUUACAAAAAAUAUCAUUUUAAAAUACAGAAACAUUUGAAAAUUUUA